AUGGAGGCAGUACUGUGCUUCACCGAACUUGCAGGCCUGUUCCUGUCUCUCAUUGGUUAUUUAUGCUGUUUGGUGGCCUUAUUCAUUCCUCACUGGUUGACUUUUUCUUCAGGACUUAUUAUUACAGAAAAUUACCGUCUUGGCUUGUGGCAAACAUGUGUUGUUCAAGAUGUGGGGUUUAGCGUUUGUCAGGAAUAUCAGACUCCGCUCCAUCUACCAAUCCAAGUCCGGAUGGGUAGAGUCCUUGUGUGUCUCUCUGUCUUGAUCGGGGCUUUAGGAUUUAUGGCUUCUAUACCUGCGUUGACCUGUGUGAAAUGUCUUCAUAACAGAGAACGACUUAUCAGAAGGAUGAUGAAUAUAUUUGGAGGACUCCUCUUUUUAGUGGCUGGUGCACUGACUUUCUUCUCAGUGUCCUACUUUGCUUAUGGCACUCUAAUUAAAUUUUGGAACCACAAUAUACCUAAAGACAUUCCCCGCUGGGAGUUUGGGGAUGCAAUGUACACUGGCUGGGUUGGUGGAUUCUUUCUAUUAUCCGGUGGAUGUGUCUUGAUCUUCUCCCAGUUUCGGGUCUCUCAGGAAGCUGAAUUAAAAUGGCCUUAG